UCCUUACAGAAUGCGUUCCAAAAGCAGCAACACAGAGGGCUCAGCCCUCCAGCAAUUUCCAAGACACAGUAAAGACCCCAGUUUCCAAGAGUCUGAGAACAUGAAGCAGAGACAGCAGGACAAAGAGCCCAGCAGUGAGUCGGAUGCAAUCCUUCUACAUCCCACCCCACACAGUGGUAAUGGCCGCCAAGGACAAGACCUCUCAAGAGACGACCUGUUAUUUCUCCUAAGCAUUCUGGAGGGAGAACUGCAGGCACGAGAUGAAGUCAUAGGCAUUUUAAAGGCUGAAAAAAUGGACUUGGCUUUGCUGGAAGCUCAGUAUGGGUUUGUCACUCCAAAAAAGGUGUUAGAGGCUCUCCAGCGAGAUGCUUUUCAAGCAAAGGCUGCUCCUUGGCAGGAGGACAUCUAUGAGAAACCAAUGAACGAGUUGGACAAAGUUGUGGAAAAACACAAGGAAUCGCACAGACGAAUCCUGGAACAGCUUUUAAUGGUAGAAAAAUCUCAUAGGCAAACCAUAUUGGAGCUGGAGGAAGAAAAGAGAAAGCAUAAAGACUAUAUGGAGAAGAAUGAUGAAUUCAUAAGCUUAUUAGAACAGGAAUGUGAAAGAUUAAAGAAGCUGAUCGACCAAGAAACUGAAUCCCAGGAGAAGAAGGAGCAAGAAAGGGAGAAGAGGGUCACUGCCCUGAAAGUGGAGUUGACCAAACUGAAGUCUUUUGCUUUGAUGGUGGUGGACGAACAACAAAGGCUGACUGCACAGCUUGCCCUUCAAAGACAAAAAAUCCGAGACCUAACCACAAGUGAGAAGGAAACACAUGCUAAACUAGCUCUUACUGAAGCCAGAGUUCAGGAAGAAGAGCAGAAGGCAACCAGACUAGAGAAAGAACUGCAGACGCAGACCACACAGUUUCACCAGAACCAAGAAACAAUUAUGGCGAAGCUCACCAAUGAGGACAGUCAAAAUCGCCAGCUUCGACAAAAGCUGGCAGCACUCAGCAGGCAAAUUGAUGAGUUAGAAGAGACAAACAGGUCUUUACGAAAGGCAGAAGAGGAGCUCCAAGAUAUAAAAGAAAAAAUCAACAAGGGAGAAUAUGGAAACUCUGGAAUCAUGGCAGAGGUGGAGGAGCUCAGGAAACGUGUGCUAGAAAUGGAAGGGAAGGAUGAAGAGCUCAUAAAAAUGGAGGAGCAGUGCAGAGAUCUCAAUAAGAGGCUCGAAAAGGAAACAUCACAGAGUAAAGACUUUAAACUCGAGGUUGAAAAACUCAAUAAAAGGAUUAUGGCUCUGGAAAAAUUAGAAGAUGCUUUCAACAAAAGCAAACAAGAAUGCUACUCUCUGAAAUGCAAUUUAGAAAAAGAAAGGAUGACCACAAAGCAGUUGUCUCAAGAACUAGAGAGUUUAAAAGUAAGGAUCAAAGAGCUAGAAGACAUUGAAAGUCGGCUGGAAAAGACAGAAUUCACCCUAAAAGAGGAUUUAACUAAACUGAAAACAUUAACUGUGAUGCUGGUAGAUGAACGGAAAACAAUGAGUGAAAAAUUAAAGCAAACUGAAGAUAAAUUACAAGCUGCUGCUUCUCAGCUUCAAGUGGAACAAAAUAAAGUGACAACAGUUACUGAGAAGUUAAUUGAGGAAACUAAAAAGGCACUGAAGUCCAAAACCGAUGUGGAAGAAAAAAUGUACAGUGUAACCAAGGAGAGAGAUGAUCUAAAAAACAAACUGAAAGCAGAAGAAGAGAAAGGAAAUGAUCUUCUGUCCAAAGUUAAUAUGUUGAAAAAUAGGCUUCAAUCACUGGAAGCAAUUGAGAAAGAUUUCCUAAAAAACAAAUUAAAUCAAGAUUCUAGUAAGUCCACAACAGCAUUACACCAAGAAAACAAUAAGAUUAAAGAGCUCUCUCAAGAAGUGGAAAGACUGAGGCUGAAGUUAAAGGAUAUGAAAGCCAUUGAGGAUGACCUCAUGAAAACGGAAGACGAGUACGAGACUCUAGAGCGAAGGUACGCUAAUGAACGAGACAAAGCUCAAUUUUUAUCUGAAGAGCUGGAACACGUUAAAAUGGAACUUGCCAAGUACAAGUUGGCAGAAAAGACAGAGUCCAGCCAUGAACAAUGGCUUUUCAAAAGGCUUCAAGAAGAAGAAGCUAAAUCGGGGCACCUCUCAAGGGAAGUGGAUGCACUGAAAGAGAAAAUUCAUGAAUACGUGGCAACGGAGGACCUGAUCUGUCACCUCCAGGGAGACCACUCAGUUCUGCAAAAGAAACUCAAUCAACAAGAAAACAGGAACAGAGAUUUAGGAAGAGAGAUUGAAAACCUCACUAAAGAAUUAGAGCGGUACCGGCAUUUUAGUAAGAGCCUCCGUCCUAGUCUCAACGGAAGAAAAAUCUCUGACCCUCAAGUAUUUUCUAAAGAAGUUCAAACAGAAGCAGUAGACAAUGAACCCCCCGACUACAAGAGUCUUAUUCCUCUGGAACGAGCGGUCAUCAACGGUCAGUUUUACGAGGAGACGGUGGACCAGGACGAGGACCCUAAUGAGGAGGAAUCCAUGCUGUCCUUCAAAUGCAACUCAUCUACUUCCUGUCCCGUUAACAGGAAGCUAUGGAUUCCUUGGAUGAAACCCAAGGAAGGCCAUCCUCAGAAUGGCAAAAUACAAACUAAACCCAAUGGCAACUUUGUGCAGCCUGGAGAUCUCGUCCUGAGCCACACACCUGGACAGCCACUUCAUAUAAAGGUGACGCCAGACCAUGUCCAAAACACAGCCACUCUUGAAAUCACCAGUCCGACCACAGAGAGUCCUCACUCUUACACAAGCACCGCAGUGAUCCCAAACUGCGGCACCCCAAAGCAAAGGAUAACCAUCCUCCAAAACGCCUCCAUAACUCCAGUGAAAUCCAAAACCUCUACAGAAGGCCUCAUGAAUUUAGAACAAGGCAUGUCCCCAAUUACCAUGGCAGCCUUUGCCAGAGCACAGACCCCCGAGUCUUGUGGUUCUAUAACCCCAGAAAGGACAAUGUCACCUAUUCAGGUUUUGGCUGUGACUGGUUCAGCUAGCUCUCCUGAGCAGGGACGCUCCCCAGAGCCGAUAGAAAUCAGUGCCAAGCAUGCGAUUUUCAGAGUCUCCCCAGACCGGCAGUCAUCAUGGCAGUUUCAGCGUUCAAACAGUAAUAGUUCAAGUGUGAUAACUACUGAGGAUAAUAAAAUCCACAUUCACUUAGGAAGUCCUUACAUGCAAGCUGUAGCCAGCCCCAUGAGACCUGCCAGCCCUUCAACACCGCCACAGGAUAACCGGACUCAAGGCUUAAUUAACGGGGCACUAAACAAAGCGAGCAAUAAAGUCACCAGCAGUAUUACUAUCACACCAACAGCCACACCUCUUCCGCGACAAUCACAAAUUACAAUCAAGGAGGCAUGCAAGCAGAGAAUCCCAACCCGGAUCCCUACACCAAAACCUUCAGGCAUCACUAAGCUGUCCCCUAAGGUUCCCCCGGGGCCUAUGGAUAAGCCUGUUCACCACACUGGCUAUAGGAAGCUGCACAUCAUAAGGACUGUCACCUCCAACACCUACCUCCACAUGGGAGGGAAAAGGUAAGUCAUGCCACUGCACUGGCUGGAUAUGUUCACCCACAGAGAUACCUGGAAAGCUGGUGUCACCACUAUGGAAGGCCCAAGAGGAAAAGUCAUCUCUCCAGGAAAUGGCGAAGUAGCAAAUUGACAGAUGGUUUAUCCACAGGUUGCUGGACCUGCUGGACCUACUGAAAGAGCAGCACAUCUAAAAUUAUUUUACCUACAUAUGUGUAAAUGCAUAUACACACAAUCACAGGAAGACAUACCCCCCAAAUCCUUCCAAUUCCUCAUUCGACUUGUAAUCCAAACCAAAGUUGGACUGUCAUUACCCUGCGAUAGGACUGAAAUGACUGAAACAGUUCCAAAGUUCUCCGGUGAACCCAGAAGUAACCGUUCAUUCCACAGAUCUUUAUUGAAUCAUACUCGUAUUUUGCUAAGAAGAUGUGCUAGCAAGAAUUCUUAAUCUGCGUCAAGAAAGUCAUAUUAUUUCCAUCAAAAUGGCAGGACAGUUAAAAUCAUAUUUAAGGUCUAAAACUAUGAUUUCUUUAGGAGCAGGAGAAAAAGUAAGUGGUAAUUCUCCGUCACGAGGAGGAAAGGAACAAGAAAAAUGAGUAAUAGCUGAACACAUCCUUCGUGUGGCCUACUUGACAAUCGCUGGUGCAGGGAGCACAUUUGGCUGCUGGCCUGUUUUUCAGGUCAGUUGUCCCCCUGUAUACACGAGGCCAUGAAAUCAUACUGCUAGGUUUGUAAGGCAAACCAUUUUAGAUUGGUACUGCUGCUUUCUAUAGCAAUCAGGACAUUUGGGAGUCAGAGGUCACUGAGAUCUUUUAGGGAGAUAUGAAUCAUUGUCCUGGGUGUCAAAAAAAGAAAGAAAAAAAAA